AUGAAGGUGUCUAUCACUGCGCCCGAUGGUCCACGUAUCUUCAAAAGCAAGAAGGAAUAUCCCCAUCCCAUGCUAAAAGCAUUCCAAAUAAGAAUUGCUCACCUUUUCAAAAUUCCUUAUAAGAGAGAAGACUACAGAAGCAGAAGCAAUACCAUAAAUUGGCUUCUCCAGGAUGGUAGAUGGAACCAAUAUAAACAUUUGUACCGUUACGUCGAAUUUAGAGAUCCAGAGAUCUUCUUUACUGGUCCUCUUAUGUUUGGCAAAUCUGAAGGCGGACACCGUGUUUAUGAUAAUGGAACGAUUUCAGACCUCUUCGUUCAUCCAGAUCCAACGAAAGAAGGAGGAAUCCGCCGUCGUGCUCCAAAAACAUAUAGAAAGGAGCAGGAGAAUCAUGUGGAUUCACCUAUCGAAAGUCCACAGUCUGAACCUCCAGCAACUCAAGAACGGCCAUCUGUUUUGGAUUCCUCGUCAGAUAACGAUUUCAACGAAUUCGUUAAUCCUGACGAUCAGCCAACCACUGGCUCUUCAUUUACUGAAAAUCAGCCAACCACUGGCUCUCCAAUCAUUGAAGAUCAGUUCAACACUGACUUUUCAUUCAUUGAAGAUCAGUUAUCUAAUUCUGAUCUUCAUUUCCCCGAUAACCCAUUUUAG